UUUUAUUCCCUUAUUUUCGUUACUGAUUAUAAACAUAAUGAACGAAUUAAUUAUUUUAAUGUAGUUUUAUCACUUUAAAUAUUCAACCAGAACUAAAAAUAGAUAUAAGGCUUAACAUACAAUAACCUUCAGUUAUAUAUUAUUACACUUAGUAACAUCAAGAAUUAUUACUAAGAAAAUGACUUUAAAAGAAAUAUGUAUCUUGCUUUUACAACUGUAUUCUAUUAAUGCAGCCUUUCCGAACGUUUACCCAAAAUUUCUUCAAGAAAAACUCGAAGUUGACCCAGGAUCCCCAUUAAUCCUAACCCCAUUUAUAGAGCAAAAUAAAAUUAAGGAAGCCCUUGCUGCUUCUGAAGUUCAAUUUGAUGGAUUCAAAAAACAGAAAAGCUAUGCAGGAUAUUUCACAGUGGACAAACGGUACAAUUCGAAUAUGUUCUUCUGGUAUUUCCCUGCACGGGCUGAUCCUGCAAAUGCCCCAGUUGUUCUGUGGCUACAGGGUGGUCCAGGGGCGUCCAGUUUAAUAGGGCUGUUUGGGGAAAAUGGUCCAUUUGCUGCCAAAACUAAGCAUGGGGUUAAACUAAGGAAAUAUUCAUGGACUGAAAACCACCAUGUUAUUUAUAUCGAUAAUCCUGUGGGUUCUGGGUUCAGUUUUACCAAUGGUGGUUAUGCUCAAAAUGAAACAAAAGUAGGUGAAGAUUUAUACACUGCCCUAGUGCAAUUCUUCACCCUAUUUAAUGACUUGCAAAAGCAUGAUUUCUUUGUUACCGGAGAGUCUUACGGAGGAAAAUAUGUCCCAGCAAUAUCAUAUACAAUUCACCAAAAAAACCCUUCUGCAAAACUAAAAAUUAACCUGCAAGGCUUAAGUAUUGGCAAUGGAUUAACUGAUCCAGAACAUCAGCUUAAAUAUGGGGAAUAUUUAUACCAACUGGGGCUUAUCGAUGUAAAUGGAAGGCAACAGUUCCAAAGUAUGGAGGCUCAAGGGGUGCAAUACAUCCAAACUAAGCAAUUUGAGAAAGCUUUUAAUGUGUUCGAUAACCUUCUGAAUGGGGACACUAACAAUCACAACUCCUUGUUUAAGAAUUUAACUGGAUUUGAUAAUUAUUUUAACUAUCUGUAUCCAAAUGAUCCUCUUGAUUUGGAACUGAAAAAUAUGGGAAAGUAUGUCCAAAGGCCUGAUAUAAGGGCUGCCAUACAUGUGGGGAACACUUCUUUUAGUGAUGAAACAAGUGUUGUCGAGGACCAUUUAAAACUAGAUGUGAUGCAGAGUGUAGCACCAUGGGUUUCUGAACUUUUAAGCCAUUAUAGAGUGUUAAUUUAUAAUGGCCAGUUGGAUAUAAUUGUAGCAUUUCCAUUGACCGAAAACUACUUGCAAAAUUUGAAAUUUUCAGCUGCAGAUGAAUAUAAAAGUGCCAAAAGAUAUCAGUGGUAUGUUGGGCAAGAAUUAGCUGGAUAUGUAAAAACUGCAGGGAAUUUAACAGAGGUCUUAGUACGAAAUGCUGGACAUAUGGUGCCAACUGAUCAACCUAAAUGGGCAUGGGAUUUGAUUUCUAGAUUUACUAGAAAUAAGCCUUAUCACACUCAAUAAUUAGGUUACAAAUUCAUAUUAGUGUUUUCCAUAAACAAAAUGGCUCUCUUGUUUUUUGUAUUGUGUUAUAUUAGAUCUGAAUAAACGUUUUUAGGACUA